GCGGGGCCGCAGCGGCACCGGCGGUGUCAGCACGUGGUGCGCGGGCAGCGGAACGGCGCGAGGAGCGGCGGGGCGGGGGGAGCGCCCGGUGCGGGGUAACCCCGGGGGGGGCCGCGCCCGUCGCGCCCCCGCAGCGGCGGCGUUUCGCUGAGCUCCGCUCCCGCGUCGCGUUUCGUAACGGCCGCGGCGGUGCGGGGCGGAACGGGCGUUGUUUCGGCGCCCCGCAACGUUCGCCUUCAAUAAAUUAAUUAAUGAAUCAGCGCCCGCACCGCACCGCACCCGCAGCCCGCGCUGACCCCGCGCUAAGCCGGGCGCGGCCUCCAUCCCCCUCCUCUUCAGCCCCUUCCCCGCAUCCCCAUUGCCGCAGCGGCGGAGCACCGCCCGCGGGUCCCGCACGGUUCGGCGCUGACCCACGCGGGGCGAUGCGGGGUCCCCACGCCCCCCAUUUCCCCCCCAGCCCGGAGCCCGCAGCCGCCGCCCCGCGCCGUCCCCGCAGCGCAGCUCUCACGCGUGACCUUGAGCGGGCGGCGGAGCCGUGACAGCUGCGGGCGGGCGGGGCCGGGCGGGGGGGUCCCCACGGGGCUGUGCGGGGUGCAGCGCGGAGGGGGUGGGGGGGGGGGGUCGCUGCGUGGCGCUGCCGUGCGGGGGCGGCCCCGCAGAUCACUCCCGUAGGGCCCGGGGGGGCUCCGCGCGGUGCGGUGUCGCGGUGCUGGGGGGGGAAGUGAGGAGGGGGGGGGGCUGACCUUGGGCUCCGCUCCGCGCUAUUGUUCGCGCCGCCGCUGUCCCCUUCUGCGAACUCUCCGUGUGUCCUCUUUGCUGCCCGCCACGCUGCCACCGCCGCCACAAACCUGAAGGACGUCCUGGCCUCCAUGAUCCCCAAGGAGCAGGCGAGGAUCAAAAGCUUCCGCCAGCAGCACGGCAGCACCGCCAUCGGGCAGAUCACGGUGGAUAUGGUGUACGGCGGGAUGCGGGGCAUGAAGGGGCUGAUCUACGAGACCUCAGUGCUGGACCCCGAUGAGGGCAUCCGCUUCCGUGGGUUCAGCAUCCCCGAAUGCCAGAAGCUGCUGCCCAAAGCGGCGGGGGGUGAGGAGCCGCUGCCUGAGGGGCUCUUCUGGCUGCUGGUGACGGGUGAGGUGCCCACCCCGGAGCAGGUGAGCUGGGUGUCCCGUGAGUGGGCCAAGCGGGCGGCGCUGCCUUCCCACGUGGUGACCAUGUUGGACAACUUCCCCACCAACCUUCACCCCAUGUCCCAACUCAGCGCCGCCAUCACCGCCCUCAACAGCGAGAGCAAAUUCGCGCGCGCUUACGCUGAGGGCAUCAACCGUGUGAAGUACUGGGAGUUUGUCUAUGAGGACGCCAUGGAUCUGAUCGCUAAGCUGCCCUGCGUGGCUGCAAAGAUUUACCGCAACCUUUACCGCGAGGGCAGCAGCAUCGGAGCCAUCGACCCCAACCUGGACUGGUCCCACAACUUCACCAACAUGUUGGGUUACACCGACCCGCAGUUCAUCGAGCUGAUGCGCCUCUACCUCACCAUCCACAGCGACCACGAAGGGGGCAACGUCAGCGCCCACACCAGCCACCUGGUGGGCAGCGCGCUGUCUGACCCCUACCUCGCCUUUGCUGCUGCCAUGAACGGGCUGGCCGGACCCCUGCACGGCCUCGCCAACCAGGAGGUGCUGCUGUGGCUGACGGACCUGCAGAAGGAGCUGGGCCAGGACGUGUCGGAUGAGAAGCUGAGGGAUUUCAUCUGGAACACACUCAAUUCAGGCCGGGUGGUGCCGGGCUAUGGGCACGCCGUGCUGAGGAAGACGGACCCGCGCUACACGUGCCAGAGGGAGUUCGCCCUCAAGCACCUCCCCAAGGACCCCAUGUUCAAACUGGUGGCUCAGCUCUAUAAGAUCGUCCCCAACGUGCUGCUGGAGCAGGGCAAGGCCAAGAACCCCUGGCCCAACGUGGACGCACACAGCGGGGUGCUGCUGCAGUACUACGGCAUGAAGGAGAUGAAGUACUACACGGUGCUCUUCGGGGUGUCCCGCGCGCUGGGCGUCCUCUCUCAGCUCAUCUGGAGUCGGGCGUUGGGAUUCCCCCUGGAACGCCCCAAAUCCAUGAGCACUGCGGGGCUGAUGCAGCUCGUGGGCUACAAAUCCGGCAGGAUCCGGCCGGGCUCCCCUGCCAGCGAGCACCAACCUUCCUCCUCUCCAGGGCAGGCAGAGCUGACCCGGGAGUUCCUCCAGCACGGGCGCAGGAGCUGGAGCCCUCUGGCCUUGCAGAGUUAAAGAGGAACGAAGGGUUUAAAAAAAAAAAAAAAAAAAGGAAAAAAAAAAAAAAUCCCCCCCUCCCUCCAAAAAAAAAAACAACCAAAAAAAAAAACCUAAAACAAAACCUUAAAACCAAAAAUCAGCUACAAAAUGAGGGAGGCCGGCGCUGGGCCGCAGCUCCUGUCGUGGUGCCGUGGGGCUGGGAGGGCUCCCAGCAGCCCCCUGCAGGAGCACCGCUUCGUGCCCUCGGGGCUGGGAGGGAAUUCCACGCAACGGCAGCAAAGAUGCACUCAAAUAAAUAUUUAAGGGGGGGGCGGGGUUGACCCCGGCGCAGUCCGAA